AAUGUUCUGCAAUGUUCUAGAGUGCCUAUAAUCGUCAAGGAUAAGUCUUGUCUUGAAUGUACUCGAAAGUUCUGCUAAUAUUCCGGGAUGUUCUUGAAGCAUCGAGAAUGUUCUCCGAAGGUACUUCGUAAAUACUUUCUUAUAUUAUCUACGAUGGCUGGAUCUGUGGAAGAUGUUUUAGUCGAGCAUGAAACAAAACUGGAACAACUUACGAUAGCAACAACUUUGAUACAAAACAAAAAAGUCAUCGCCAGCGAAUUGUCAGAGGUUCAAGAGUCGACUUUCUCCUUGCUCAGUGCGAUCAGUUCCGCCAAAUCAGAUUUGAAGGAAUUAAGGAAGAAAAAUGUGGAGUUAGUGAACUUAGUUGAGAAUUUGAAGAAGUUGAAUAACCGCAUAAGCCACAUGGAGAAUAACAUUCCACCCCAACUACUUUAUGAUUAUGCAAAUGUAGUCAAAGAAAGGGAAUAUAUUAAGGCACCACCCAACAUGCAGAGCACUCACAGUCUUGAAAUAGAUUCAUUAGAGGACGUCUUUGAAGAGACCAGUCGAAACAGUGUAAAAGAUUGUAAAAAGACCCUUUUCAACGAGCCGGAAAUAUUCCCAAGACUGAGACUGAUUUCUACGAAAGAGUUUGAUCUUAUACCAAAGUACAUGAUUGGCCGCCAGUCUCUCGACACCAUCAACCGCUUCGUAUCGACAAUCAACGAUGUGCUGAAAGCUAAGUAUAGCCUGUUGGCACUGGGUAAGAACGGUGCAAAGAAAAAAGGUGAAUUAAACUUGUACAUGCAUUACAAGAUGCAGGAGAGUGUUGAUACUGGAGAACGAGUUUACUUCUUCACGGCGGAAGAUUACCAAAACCAUACCACGAUGAAACUGGAUAAAACCAAGCUGAAUCUUUUAACUGUUUUGCGCCACUGUAAACGAUUGUGCAAUCCCAAAGGUGCCAAGACUGCCCAAUACACCGUCAUAACAACAUAGAAUAGCUGAAAAAAAUGUUGACCUUGGAAUAUUUGAGUACACCAAGUAAGGACCAUGAUGUCAUGGACAAUUUCGAUAGAUAGAUAUACGAUUUCUUCUAAUGAUCUAGAAAAUACUGAGAUUGAAUAGAGUAUUGCUGCCAGAGAAGUACAGACUAUGGACAGGCAGAGCCAUUGAUCUUAUAUAUACGUGAAUUCGAAUUUUAGAUGAUCGAUAAAAUUAGCACACAAAAUAAACAUCUACCUUAGCACAAAGUCUGCAAAGUUUUUAGACUCUUUAUGUCUUGGAAUAUGAAGGAACAAAUGAUAUUUCAUCGUAGAAUUAAAUUAAUUCUGCUAAAAAUGUUUCAACCUUGAUACUUGAGAUUUUCAGCAUAGAUCCGCUACGUCACAAUUUCGCCUGGCUUGGGCAGAGAAAAUGAUUUACUGCAACGACUUUUAUACUCAUUGUCAAUGAAUGAGAAUGAAAUAGACUGUUACGUAAAUUGCCUUAGUGUCGCUCUGAUCUUAUUAGAAUGAACAUAUCGUCGCG